GGCAACGUUGGAGCCUCCAACGCCGUUGCCAAGCUUUCGAGCUGCAACUCCCCGAAUGUUUUUGCUGAAUCAACCUUCGCCGACUUCGGCCUAGAUGGGAUGCCCGGCACUCGAAAGGAAACACCGUACCUGAGGUGUGCUGCACGGUGCGCUGCUUCCUUCCUUGUGGAGCUGCAUGGACUUUCUCUCGUUGUUUUUGCUGUCACGGCGAAAGUGGCGAGUCGACUGCUGCAGUACACUGGGGGCAUUGUGCGCAGCUCCUUUGUUGCGGGCAGCUUCUCUCUGGAGGAUGAUGUGAGUCGACUCAGGGAGGAUGCGCCUCAGCUUCUCUUCGCCACUCCUUGGCGGUUGGCCCGCCAUCUAGAGACCACACCGCACUUCGUAAGUGCAUUGCAGUCUGUGGAGCUGCUAGUGCUGGAUGAAGCAGACCGCUUGCUCGAUCCAUCGUUCGUCUACAAGGUGGACUACCUUAUGCGCUGCCUUCCAACUCCAAGGCCUCGAAUGGUUCUUUGCUCUGCGACGUUCAGUGAGCCGAUACGAAAGUUCGCUGUUCGCUCGCUCCGUGCAAACCUGCAAAUGAUCAAUCUUGGCACGAAGGAGCCCAUUUCGUCUGCUUCUCCUUACCAGGCAGAUGUGGCAGAGCCCGUGCACCAGGUCCUGGUCCGGUACCAGAGCAGCGAGUUCCUUGCUACUCUCCAUGCAGCAUUGGAGCAGGAGAUGGGCAAGGAAGGGCAGCUCCGUCGGGUUUUAGUGGUGUUUCCUACCGUGCGUUGGCUGCAGUUUUUCUAUGUCCUGCUGAAACAUCGAGCCCAAAUGCCGGGGCUGUUUGCCCUGCACCGAAGUCUCUCAGAUGAUCGCCGCCGCACUCGUUCACUUCGAUUCUCCAAAGGUGCUCCUCCCAUCCGUGGUGCAUUGUUUGCAACCGACUUGGCAGCACGGGGUAUGGACUUCGACGUUCAUGCGGUCAUCCAGGUUGGGCCUCCGACCGACCGGGAGCAGUACGUCCACCGAGCUGGCCGAACAGGACGACUCUCUUCUCAGGGGAGGUCCCUUCUGUUGCUGAACUCCAUGGAAGAGACUUCCUUGCAGGAACUCACUGGGCUGCAGCUUCAAGAAGAGCAGUUGCAGGCAGCUCCUUCAUUUCAAAGAGCGUUGAGCGAAAUUCAUGGUUGGUGGCAGGAUGCAAGCUUGUCAGCGUCGGGUCAUCUCUUCUUCGCCAGCGCCAUUGCCUUCUACCUGAACGAAAGUCAGCGCUUGCGGGCAAGAGCAGUUGACGUGGUGCAGACUGUGGCAGCGUUGCUCCAGUCCACCGGGUUGCCUCAGGACUACGGACUACCUGCCAUACCGCGUGGUCUUGCGGCAAGGUUGCGUGAGAAGGACGAGCUUGUGGCAGUUCGCACCGAGACAGUGAGGGAGCGGUGGGAUGUUUUAUCUGCCCUGGGGCCGGGCACGAUGAGGAAGCAUUCCGACGAAGAAGGUGAUGCAGAGCGAGGCGACGCGAGGGCCAACGAUACCCUGCAAGCAGUUUGCGAGACCGAUUUCCAGCUGCCAGCUCGAAAAAUUGAUACAAUCAGGUGGGGCCUAUGGAGUCCAAAUGAUCGUCAGUGGCUCGAGGAGUUGAAAGAACUUUGGCAGGAUGCUGUGGCCCAGCUCGGGAGCGCUCCCGGACUUGAUCCGCGCCCUGCAAUUCCGCAGUGCAUUCAUCAGAUUUGGCUGGGUGGCCGCUCGAGACCGGAGCCCUGCGAAGGCUUCACGGCCUCCUGGCGAAGCCGCCACCCUGGCUGGGAGUACCGGCUUUGGACUGAUGCAGAUGUUGCGGAAGAGCUGACACACCCUGGCCUCGCACAGGCCUACGAGGCUGCUAGCAACCCCGCAGAGAAGAGUGACAUCUUACGUUUGGCAAUCAUUCUUCGCCACGGUGGUCUCUACGUUGAUGUGGAUUUCGAGUGCUUGCAGCCGCUCGGUGCGCUGCACAGUAGGGCUUCGUUCUACUGUGGGCUUUCAAAUGUAGGUGCUGUUGAAGUGAACAAUGGCCUCUUUGCUGCCACGCCCGGGCACCCGCUGGUGUCCUACUUGUGCGAUCGCUUGGGAAAGCCAUGGCCAGAAUGGGGCCAGGGCGACGUAGAUCCCCAAGAAGCUGUUGCCUACCAGAUUCAGAGGUCUGGAAUGCUGGAGAUGCCAUGUGAGCAACGCGGCAAGGCUGCUUUUUUGGCCACUACAGGGCCUGGAUUCUUCACUCGCGGUAUUAUGAAGGGCGUCCGUCUGCUGAAAGGCAAGCAGGACUUGGCCCCGAUCCUGAUUUGCCCACCAGAGGUCUUCUAUCCUUUGGCCAACACUGAGAGAGGAAUGCCGGAUGCAGAGUACAGGACACCGCACUCGCUGGCUGUGCAUCAUUGGUUCAGGCAGACACAACAGUUUUCUUUCCGCGGUUCAAUUUAA